UAGAAAAAUAAAAAUGUGUAAAUAAUUCGUGUUUUAUAUAUGUAUUUAACAAUAAUGUAUAGAAGAGAAUAUUUGAUAGGUUAAUUAACUCUCAGUAUGUAAUAAUAUAUAUAUUUAUAUAGUUUAAUUUAUUAAUAUUUUCUAAAAUGUGGUUUACUAAGAACUGUAAUCAGUUUCUUAAAUAUGAACGAUUUUGUAUGCGAAUGUUGAUUAGAAAACGAUCACAAGAUGCCACAGAUACAACACAAAGUAUUCCAGAACCAGAAUACAAUAUAAACUUUUUAUGUAAUCCAUCAAAUCGAGAUACCAUUUAUAACAAUAUAAUUGCAAGAAAGGGUGUUGGAGAUAUUGACAAAGUUCUUGAACUUUCCCAGAAACCAGAAUUAAAAGAUUCAUUUUUACAUGAAUUAAGUAAAAUACCAAAUCAAACACAUCCAACAGUUUUAUCUUAUGACAAAGAACCACAUUUACUGAAAGAAUGUGGACAUAAACCAGAAUUUGAUUUUGAACCAAAAGAAUUUUCAACGUUAACUAAAGAUUUGAAAUUACUUAAAAGUGAAACCUUAGGUCCUUUGAUAGGACACAGAGGAUAUAUACUUGUAGGAGAUUUAGCAGAUUUAGAAGAAGCAUUAGUUCAUUAUACUGUAAAAUAUGUAAUGAAGCUUGGUUUCAAACUUAUAUCGGUACCUGAUAUUAUUCCUACUAGAAUUAUAGAAAGAUGUGGAUUAAUAACAGAUAAUGGAAGAACUCUUACAUACAGUUUAACUCCUUCUUAUGAUGAUGAUUAUAGUUUAUCUGGAACAGCAGAAAUGUCAUUAGCUUACAAAGUAAUGAAUACUACAUUUAGUACAGAUGAUUUACCAUUAAGAAUGGCUGCUGUAAGCAGGUGUUUUAGAGCAGAAAUAUCUCAUAAAGCAGAACAAAGAGGAAUAUAUAGGGUUCAUCAGUUUACAAAAGUUGAAAUGUUUGUAUGUUCUGAACAAGAAAAAUCUACAGAAGAAUUUCAGAAACUUCAAGAAAUUCAAGAAAAUUUAUUUACUUCUUUAAAUUUACAUUUUCAAGUAAUUGAUAUGCCACCUCAUGAUUUGGGAGCUCCAGCCUACAGAAAAGUUGAUAUGGAAGGCUGGAUGCCUGGAAGAAAAUUAUAUGGGGAAUUAUCUAGUUGUAGUAAUUGUACAGAUUAUCAGUCGCGUCGUCUCAAUAUAAAAUAUAAAACAAAAAGCGGAGAAUUGUUACAUGUUCAUACUUUAAAUGCAACUGCUUGUGCGAUACCUCGUACACUAAUUGCACUUUGUGAAACACAUCAAACAAAGCACCACCGCAUUAAAGUCCCUGAAAUUUUACUGCCUUAUAUGAAAGGAAAAGAGCUUAUCAGAAAACAACUAAUUCCAGAUAUGAGAAAUUAUAAGACUACGAUAUGAACUUAAUAAACAAAAAGUCGUUGUGUAAUCACAGAAAUUAGGAUUUAUAAAAACUUCAAAUAUUAAACACCACCUGACAAUAUAUUUUCUAAAAACUAAUACAAUAUUAUCAUACAAAGAAUAGGGGUCUGAAAAUUAUACGUACACAGAGAUAAAGAUCUUUUCUUCAAUAACUUGUUAUUCUGUAUAUAUUUUGUAGCGGUGUUAUAAAAAUGUAACACAAAAUAUUUCUUCUUAAAGUAAUACAAUUUAAAGACAUUGCAAAUUUA